GAGCGUGCAAUCCGCGUGGAGUUCAGUAGACGCUAAGAAUAUAGCAGGCAUAAACCACCAAUCCAGGGACUGUUUUAUGUUGGACGCCUGGGUUGGUAUAGUGAAAACAGGUUACUGAAAAGUCACACUGACUGUCAAUGGCAGGCUACCAGCUCUGGUCACCAUGGACCCCACUGGAUGAGAGCUUCCAAUGGCAUACAACACCUACUCCUUCCUCCAAACACCCUUUUAGGGCCUCUCCUUGCUUCCCCCACACCCCUUCCGACCUUGAAGUGCAGUUGUGCCUUCAAGAAGUCACACUUGUCCUAGACAGCCCUCUUGUGGAAUCUGGAGAGAGCCCCAAGUUACCCUGUCACACAUCAGAGCUCCGAGCCGUGAGUAACAAGAAAGGAGUGGUGAGGAAACCCCAGCCAGUCCGCCUCAGUGGAGUAGAUUCUGUUUUUGGUAGGGUCAUCACAGCCCAGCCACCCAAGUGGACUGGAACCUUCAGAGUUUCAGACAAGUCAGCCUUCUGCAAAAUAAUCAGCAGGGAGCACCAGUGGCCUACUGGACUCAAGGAGCCUCAGAUCCAAAUGACAGUGACUAUGUGCAAACAGAUGCUACGCUCAAUCCUCCUGCUGUAUGCGACUUACAAGAAGUGCACCUUUGCCUUGCAGCACUCCAAGUGAGGGUCCCCAUUUGACACCUGUGCUCCACACCAUGCCCUCUGAAAUAGGACCAAUGACACUGAGCAGGGAAGAACAUUUCUACUCUAAGGCUGAAUGGCCAUUUAGAGGUUAACCCAACAUUGGUGUGCACAUGUGAUAAUGACUACCUUGUCAUAUAAAUAAGCCAGCCUAGUGUGAGCUCAACUUAAAUGCCAAAGACAAAGAUGAGCUGGUGAAGGAAGGGAUGCCAAGGAAGACAUGGAUGGAUCUCUGGGUACCAGAGGAUGAAGGGGUCAAAAAUCUGUACAUGGGUUAAGGUCUAAUUUAAAAACAGCAUUCCCUCCUCAAAUCAAUGUGAACAAGGAAAAAAAAAACACCAAAAAAACCAAAACAUAACUUUAUACCAGUAUGAGUAAAAAUAUUAACAAACAUUAAAUAAUCUUAAUAGCAUAGCAAGGAGAAUCUGGCAGCAGCUUCCUGGCAGGAGACAGAGGAGUCCCCUAUUUUAGCUCCUGAUGCUCUAUAUUUAAUAAACUACAAUUAUUUUGUAUGAUUCUUACAAAUAGAUUCUAGGCAUAAUUCAGAAUAAUGUGGAAAUAAAUACUAUCUGUCCACACAAAGCC